AAUUACUACAUUUUGAUUUGUCAAUGAAAGUGCAUAUGGUGUUAAAGUAAGCUGGAUUGUGGUUGUUUUGUUUUACUAUGUUCUGAACAAUUAUUAGUUCGUACUUCGUUAAGGUUUUGAUUUUACAUUUGGAUUAAAUACAUGAAAUAAUGAAUUUUAAUACAAUUUUAGCAGUAGUCUUUACUGUUAUAGGGUCAGUUUCCGUCGUAACCGUGUUAAUUUUGCUAGGUUGGUUCCUGAUCUGGAAAGCAUUUCUAUCAAAAUUCCGACUUGUACGUGAAUUACUGGGUCAAGAAAACGGUGAUGAGGCACAACCUAUAGAGCAGCAACCUCAUAUAAGAGCGAAAAAAAUACGCCGAGACUAAUAUUACUAAACUGUAAGCAGUUUCACAAAUAAUCGAAAAUAGGCAAAGUAGUUAAAAAUAACUAUUAAUCAAAUAACUAGAACUCUUAAUAAAAAAUUUAUACUGAAAGUCCUACAACAUGAAUAUCCGCUGUGCUAAACCUGAUGACUUGAUGAGUAUGCAGCACUGUAACUUGCUCUGCCUACCUGAAAACUACCAAAUGAAAUAUUACUUUUAUCAUGGGCUUACCUGGCCGCAGCUCAGCUAUGUAGCUGAAGAUGAUAAAGGCAAUAUCGUUGGCUAUGUGCUGGCCAAAAUGGAGGAACCUGAACCUGGCGAAGAAAGUAAGCAUGGUCACAUUACAUCAUUGGCCGUAAAACGUUCCUACCGCCGACUGGGCUUAGCACAAAAAUUGAUGAAUCAAGCCUCACAAGCGAUGGUUGAGUGUUUUGAUGCGCAAUAUGUUUCGUUGCAUGUGCGUAAAAGCAACCGCGCCGCCCUAAAUCUCUACACAGAUUCGUUGAAAUUCAAAAUAAUUGAAAUCGAACCGAAAUAUUAUGCCGAUGGCGAAGAUGCUUAUGCGAUGCGUCGUGAUCUUAGUGAAUUUUCAAAAAAAGAAAAUUCCGACGAGUCGGCACUUGAUACGAAAGGCAAUACUGCAGAUGGCGAAAAGGAUAAAAUCAACUAUAGGCAAGCAAUCUCGCAUGAUCACAGCGGACAUGAUGGACAUUGUUGCUAAGGCAACUGGAUGUUAGAAUUUAAGGUGCUCCUAUGCAAUUCGGGUAUAAUUUUGUAUUUAUAUAUUUUUCGAAAAUUUUAAUAUCUAAAUAAAUUUGUAAUAAUCCUUGAUGGAUUUAUAAAUAUAAAAUAUGAUUAAUAUAAAA